AAAUCGUCUUCUCUGCUUUCAACUUCACAACUACACUCUCUUCAGUUCUCUAACAGUAGCGCCAAAAUGAAUCCCCAAGACUAAAGCUUUCUUCAAUGGAAGAAGAAACCCACGACGGAUCUCUCGAUCUCCAAGAGAUUCGCAGGCGCGUGAAAGAGUUCGAUUUCUUUCCCCGGAAUUGCAGAGAAGAGCCUGUAGAAUCGUGUAGUUCCGAUUACGAGACUCUGGUGGUUCAAGAUUUUGUUCUUCAGUUUGAACCAAAGGUGAAAGAGAUUGUUGAAGAUUACGGCGAUGUUGAUUUAUUGGAUGUUGAUCACACACUUGUGUUUUGCAGAUGAUUUGUUAGUUUUCACCGAUGGCAAGAAAAGUUCUAUAGAAGGAAUUCUUCAGAUCUUUGGUAAAUUUGCAGAUUUCUCCGGUUUGCAGAUUAGUCUCGAGAAGUCGACCAUUUACAUGGCUGGAGUGAAAGACAAUGACAAAGCAGACAUUCUUCACAGUUUCCCUUUUGCCUCCGGCGCACUACCUGUUCGUUACCUAGGGCUACCAUUGCUGACAAAAAAGAUGACGACAAGCGACUACGGCCCUCUCGUUGAAAAAAUCAGAGUACGAAUAGGUAAAUGGACGGCGAGACACCUCUCCUUUGCGGGUCGUCUACAACUCAUUAGUUCGGUAAUCCAUAGUCUAACCAACUUUUGGAUGUCUGCGUUUCGUCUUCCAAGUGCCUGCAUCAAAGAAAUCGAUAGCAUUUGCUCUUCUUUUCUCUGGUCUGGCCCCGAACUGAAUACAAAAAAGGCUAAAGUAGCAUGGAGUGAUGUUUGCACACCCAAAGAUGAAGGAGGGUUAGGCAUCAGAUCUUUAAAGGAAGCAAACAAGGUCAGUUUGUUAAAACUCAUUUGGAGGAUGCUCUCGUCUACUUCUUUGUGGGUUCAAUGGUUGCGAUUAUAUCUGCUGCGAAAGGGUUCCUUUUGGUCUAUCAGUGGGAACACAACUCUAGGAUCAUGGAUGUGGAAGAAGAUUCUUAAACACAGAGCUUUAGCUUCAGGUUUUGUGAAGCACGACAUUCACAAUGGCAGCAAUACAUCGUUUUGGUUUGAUAACUGGUCAAAGAUAGGAAGGCUGAUUGAUGUAACAGGUCAUCGGGGUUGCAUUGACAUGGGAAUCACUCUUCACGCCUCUGUAGCUGAAGCGGUUGUGAACCAUAGACCAAGACGCCACCGACAUGAUACUCUGCUUCGAAUAGAAGACGUCAUUGCCGAGGUGCGCCACCAGGGACUUACUUCGGGGGAGGAUACAGUUCGUUGGAAGGGAAAUGGGGACAUUUUUAAACCGUGUUUUAACACAAAGGAGACCUGGGCUGCAACUCGGGAACCAAAACUGAAAGUCAACUGGUAUAAGGGUGUUUGGUUUUCACAUGCAACGCCUAAAUACUCAGUUUUAGCUUGGAUAGCGAUAAAGAAUCGUCUAACUACGGGAGAUCGGAUGUUAAGUUGGAAUGCGGGAGCUGACUCUUCGUGUGUGCUCUGUCACCACCUCGUGGAAACGCGCGACCACUUGUUCUUCACAUGCCCUUACUCAGCAGAGGUUCCGUUCUUGACAAGAUACACUUUUCAGCUAACUCUCCACUCUCUUUGGAAGGAAAGAAAUGGCAGACGACAUGGAGAAGUGCCGCAGGCUGCAGCUCAAAUGAUGAAGUAUGAAAGUCAAAUAAUGGUGAAAUUAAGUGAUGGAAAUCUGACAGAUGCUUACUUGGAGUACUUGAGAAAUGAGCUUCAGUCUGUGGAGGCUGAAAGUGCCAAAGUUUCUGAAGAAAUUGAACGUCUUUCUCAGUCUCAUGCCCUAGAUUCUAGUAGGUUGCAAAGGGAUCUUGAAGGUCUUUUACUGUCACUGGAUUCUAUGUCAUCUCAGGAUGUGGAGAAGUCAAAAGAGAAUCAACCAUCUAGCAGCUCAAUGGAAGUAUGUGAAGUGAUUGAUGAUGACAAGUUUAAGAUGUUUGAACUCGAAAAUCAGAUGGAGGAGAAAAGGAUGAUUCUUAAGUCAUUGGAAGAUCUGGAUUCGUUACGUAAAAGGUUUGAUGCUGCAGAACAAGUUGAGGACGCAUUGACAGGCUUGAAGGUGCUCGAGUUUGACGGAAACUUUAUUAGGCUCCAACUGCGAACAUAUAUUCAAAAACUAGACGGUUUUCUUGGACAGCACAAAUUUGACCACAUUACUGAGCCAUCUGAAUUGAUCCAUGAAUUGCUAAUAUACCUGAAGGAUAAAACUACAGAGAUAACAAAAUUUGAGAUGUUUCCAAAUGAUAUAUACAUAGGAGACAUCAUCGAGGCAGCUGAUUCUUUCAGGCAGGUAAGGUUACACUCUGCAGUGCUAGACACAAGAUCUUCAGUCCAGUGGGUUGUCGCCAAAGUGCAAGAUAAAAUUAUUUCAACAACUUUGAGAAAAGAUUUUGUGAUGAGUUCGAAAACAAUUAGGUACACGUUUGAAUACUACGACAAAGAUGAAACAAUUGUGGCUCAUAUAGCUGGAGGUAUUGAUGCAUUUUUAAAGGUCUCUGAUGGUUGGCCACUGCUGAAUACCCCAUUGAAGCUUGCAUCUCUCAAGAACUCUGACAAUCAGUCAAAGGGAUUUUCUCUGAGCCUUAUCAGCAAACUUGAGGAACUAGCGAACUCCUUGGAUUUAGAGACCCGGCAAAACUUAUCAGGCUUCAUGGAUGCUGUUGAGAAAAUACUCGUGCAGCAAACCCGUGAAGAACUCAAGUCCAAUGAAUCCUCCCAAAAGUGAGUACCAAGAACCACCUCAAGAGUUUGUGCAGUUUCUAUCUCCUUAUUGUUUUUGUCUUGGGUUGUUAUCUGCAACUCUUUGUUGUAAUUACUUUGGAAAUUGGAAUUGUAUCAAUACUCUUGCUUAUGUCCUCAAGUUUCCUUUAUAUAUCAAUAUCCUU